UAUAGAUUCCCUGUUUCUCACAUAGCACACCGAGCCACUCUAAACAUCAACACUAGACAAACUUUUAUUCUGCAACUUGGGAUCGGACAGGCCGUUGAAAAACCUCUCCGCAGAGUCAGUCUCCACAGUGGUCUGGACAAACGUGGUGUGGAAUCUGCAGCGAGGAAUCGUGAAGCACCGAGGAGCCGGCAGCUUGUAAGGUCUUCCCGCGGCGCGUGGCGGGCUUCGACCCACUGUUUAAAUACAAACGGUCGACUCGAGGGGUGCGCCCAGGUGCAAGCGUCCGGUCGCAGUGACUCGCUGCUGAAGGCUGGGUCCCGGUGGCUAUCUCUGGUCGCAUAUGCUACCUCCCCCUCUUCCUGCUGUGCGGGGCCAGAGGCCUUCGGGGCCCUCUUCUUUGCUUGGCUGCUGCUGGGGAGGCUGGUGAGAGUGCGCCCCAGAUUAAGCAGGGGAAGCCUCUCCCCGCUGCCCUUACCGAGACCACGGGCGGGAGCGGAUGACCAGAUCCAACCUGUACUUGUAUCUUACUCUUCUUCAAAAUACUUAUUCUGCUGAUACUGAAGAGGAUGUGUUCCAAGGACAUACUUUGUUGUCAGAAAGUCCAUUAUCAGAGGAGCUUCGGUCCCAGAGGAUUCAUUAUUCAAGGUUGGUUUUCACUUAUUCAUCUGCUUUCCAUCUUCCAAACUUUUGUUGAUACUUCUCCUGUCAUGUGGAAUCCCCUCUAAUUCAUUUUGCCCUGGUGAAAAAUUAGAUUAUUUCAAAAGCUGGAGCUGAACGUAAUGUUAAAUAAUGGCAACAGGUGACUUAAAAAGAAGCUUACGGAACCUAGAACAAGUGCUUCGCUCACUAAAUUAUCCUCAAGAGGUGGAUUGUGUUGGUUUGGUAAAGGGAUAUACAGCAGCAUCCUUGCCCAUCAUUAGCUAUUCCCUUACCUCAUAUUCACCUUAUGUAGCAGAACUUCUGAUGGAAUCCAAUAUAGAGCUCAUAGCGAAGAAUGACUUGCGCUUUAUAGAUACCGUCUAUAAGCUUCUUCGUGAUCAAUUUAAUUAUAAACCAAUCUUGACAAAAAAGCAGUUUCUCCAAUGUGGAUUUGCAGAAUGGAAAAUCCAAAUUGUUUGUGAUAUUUUGAAUUGUGUGAUGAAAAAGCACAAGGAAUUGAGUGGUCUUGAGAAGAUUCCAUCACAACAAAGAAAGAAAAUCAGUUCAGUUAAGUCAGAACCUUCUUCAAGCACUGAGAAAACAUCCACAGAACCUGUUGGCAUUGACAUCACUGGCAGGUUUAUGACUUCAGGAAAGAAAAAAGCUGUGGUGAUCCGUCACCUGUAUAACGAAGAUGGUGUUAACAUUCCUGAAGAUACGAUAAGUACCGUAACAGAUGUUAGUGGAACAUUUGAUGCGUGUGACUUAAAGACGACUGAAAUAAAGAUUCCUGAAAUAAAGUUCCCUGAAAUCAAGUCUGAACAACAAGAUAUUAAAAUUAAUCCUGAGAUUACUGCACUACAGACUAUGCUUGCUCAAUGCCAAGAAAAGCUUCAGAAACUGACUUUGGUAGAGAGUAGAUUAGACUCUUUGGAAGAAAAAAUGAAAGGAAGAGUGAUGGUAAAUGAAAAAACGUGGACUAAUCUUCUAAGUCGUGUCACUCUUCUUGAAACAGAAAUGCUUUUGUCUAAAAAGAAUAAUGAAUAUAUAGACUUUAGUGAAACAAAUGAAGACUAUGAAUCUAGUAAUGACAUGGAUAUUCUGAAUCCUGACAGAAAAAGCAAAGAUGAGAGGCAAACAAGUAUUCCUCUAUCCUCUGGCUAUAGUACAGUGUCAUCAGAUUCAACUCCCAGAACCUCAACUGGUAGUUACUGUGGUUUGAAAGAGAAUUCAGAGGAAACAACAAUCCAGAAAAUGGAAAGGAUGAAAAAAAUGUUUGAAGAAACCGCAGAGUUACUGAAAUGUCCAAAUCACCAGUUAUAGAAUUUUCUGCGUGAACUUCUCUAGUAGGCCUUUGGCUACUGUACAUGUUGUAUAUUUUAAGAAUUCUCUAUAAAUUUUAAUAUCCUGCAAUAUUUUUAUGAAGAAUUUGAAUUCCAUUUGGUAUAUGAGUUUUUUCAAUAUUGAAUAAAUACUUAUUUUUAUGCUAUGAUUACA